AUAGAAGGUAACUGCAAAAAAAAUCCAAAACCCAAUUCGCUCCAGUGUCUCAGUAUUUUUGGAUAUAGCUGUCUUUAAAACAAACCAACCACCAACCCAUCUCUCUAGAUCAGAUCCAAGCCAACAAGUGGAUUUUAUUUGUAUUUUUUUUUCACCCCACCACCCACUGGGGUGGGAAUAAAAAGUGUGUGUGUGGGGGGGAGGGAAAGGCAGCGAUCUCCGUGGCGGGGGCUGAUUAUGGAAGAGCAGCCGGACAGUAAAAGUCACCGAGACUCUGCUACAACAACUACCACCACCAGCAGCGGCAGCGAUGGAGAAAGCGUCCCCGUCUCCCCCAGCCACGCGCCUUCCUCGCCUGCAGCGCCCUGCAUCCUGCCCAUGCCCCACCACCACCAGCCGCAGCCGCAGCAGCACCGCACCACCAACUUUUUCAUUGACAACAUCUUGAGGCCGGACUUUGGCUGCAAGAAAGAGACGCUCCUGAUCGUCGGCGGAGCCGCAGCAGGAGGAGGUGGUGGAGGCGGCGGCCGGGACAGAGACCGAGAUCGCGGUCAGACAUCAGGUAGAGAAAACGUCAACCCACUGAUAACGAGGCCAUCCAACCCGUCCUCUCUCCUUUGCCCGGAUUCAAACUGUAACCCCGACAGCUCCUCCUCGGCGCCUCCUGCUGCAGCUGCUGCCUCUAAAGCGAACCCCGCCGCGGCAGCAGCGGUAGCAGCAGCGGUAGCGGCAGCCAAGCCACCCUCCGAAGGGAGUGGAACUAACCCGGCGAAGUAUGGGGAACACGCCAACCCCGCCAUCCUGCUCAUGGGCUCUAAUAAUGGAGGACCUGUUGUAAAGAGCGAUUCUCAACAGCCUCUAGUAUGGCCUGCCUGGGUUUACUGCACUAGGUAUUCAGACAGACCAUCUUCGGGUCCGCGGACCCGGAAACUGAAGAAGAAGAAGAACGAGAAGGAGGACAAGCGGCCUAGAACAGCCUUCACUGCCGAGCAGCUGCAGAGACUCAAGGCGGAGUUCCAGGCCAACCGCUACAUCACGGAGCAGAGGCGGCAGACCCUGGCCCAGGAACUCAGUCUGAACGAAUCCCAGAUCAAGAUCUGGUUCCAGAACAAGCGGGCCAAAAUCAAGAAAGCCACGGGCAUCAAGAACGGCCUGGCUCUUCAUCUCAUGGCCCAGGGACUGUACAACCAUUCCACGACCACGGUGCAGGACAAAGAGGAGAGCGAAUAAUCAGCACCCCCCCCAGCCCGCAUUGAUUAUUAUUAAUUAUUAUUAUUAUUAUUGCCAGGAAAGGAAAAUAAAAUAAAAAGGACUUAACAGUGGAAAGUGACAUACUGAAGGGGACUUUGGACAGGUGCUAUUUAAAAUCAAAUCUAUUGUCUAUCCAUAGUAUAAGGACUCCAAUUAAAAAAAAAACCCGAACACUUACAAAAAUUAUCUCUAUAUAGCCAAACAUCAUAUGACCUUGUAUAUAUUUAAUUUCAGGUAAGAAAUAUGUGUAGCGAUCUCCAUUUGCUGGACAGUUUCUCUUCCUCUCUGUCUCUCUUUUGUUUGUUUUUUUUUUUUGUUUUCUUUUUCUGAUGUCGUUGCCUCUUGUUUUUAAGUAAAUGUCUGACUCUCGAAUUUUUCUUUUAUUUUUCGUGUGAAUUUCCGUCUGCCCCCCCCCCCCCCCCCCCGAAGAAUUGGAUCCACUGACUGCGAGCCUGAA